UGUGGCUGGGCUCGGUGGUGGCGGCGGCAGUGGCGGCAGCAGCAGCAGCUACAGCAGCUGUAGCAGCAGCGGCCGCUCGGUCCCAGCACCCGUUCCCUGCGGGUGCAGGCAGCCGGAGCUGGGCUGGACCAGCGGCGACGCUCCACCGCCCCGGCUUUGCAUGCACCUGCCCCACCUCUGCCAGGAAGAGCCCGGGUGGCGGGGGCGCGGGGCUCGGGGCACGGUAGGGAGGAGUCGGCUGCCGGGAGCCUUUGAAAUGAGCGUGCCAGAGCCGGGUCCUGCAGCCGCUGCCGCCGCCGCCGCUGCCUUCAUGAUGCUGCUGGUGGACGGGGACGGGGACCGGGACCGGGACGGGCACGGGGUUGGGGACAGAGAGCAGUCGGAGUCACAGCCCGAGCCGCUGCACAGCGGGGCGCAGGAGCUCGCCCUCUCCCUCACCCCCGAGCCCGGGGCCGAGGUGAAGGAAGUGGAAGCCACCAUUGAAGAUAUGCUUCUCAGGCUGGAGGAGUUCUGUGGCCUGACUGACAUGAUCAGGAAUGACACUUCGCAGAUUCUGGAUGAAAAUAUUCCCCUUGUUAAAGCCAAAGUGAUGGAGAUGAGUGGCAUAUACACCAAAGUGGAUAAAUUAGAGGCAUUUGUGAAGAUGGUGGGACACCAUGUCUCCUUCCUGGAGGCACAAGUGCUCCAGGCCGAGAAAGAUUAUGGAGCAUUCCCUCACACCAUUCGAAAGUGGUUACAGUCAACCAGUCUGCCUGCCUUCCGAAAUAAACAGCCUACACCAGUUCCACAGAUGUAUGAACUGCCCACACUCUACAGAACUGAAGACUACUUUCCCAUGGAUAUGCCUGGAACAAAGUGUCCAACACCAUAGUGGAUAUCCAUUCACUUGCAGCUUUUUCAGAGAUGCAGUUUCAUUCUCUUGCUUCCUGAUGGUUGAGAAUGAAAUACAAUAUAUUUAAGAGCUCAGAUUUUUAAGAAAAAAAUUGUUGUAAACUUUUCUCUUGCUUCUUUAUAAAAGAUUUUGUGUGAAACGCAGCUCAAAAAAGCUGUCUGUGCCCAUGUGUCUGAGAUUAGCCAGAGAGACUUUUGAAUGUUAAAGUGCACACUGUUUGGAUAUUCCCUGUAUGCAUGUUUUCCUCUUAUACUUAAUGGUGAUCAAUAAGAGGAAUAAAAGUCACAAUCUUAGCUUGUUUACUGUGAAUACUUGGAGGGUGAUUUAUUCUCCUUUUUAUUUGUCAUUUCAAUAAAGAGCAUCAAAUGCCAGGCCUUGAUUGGUUUUGAGAACAAUAAGUGUUGGUUAUUUUCUCUGUAUGUUUGCUUCUAGAAAAUUAUUCU